UGAAGACCAUGUACACUGCAGGCUACGCUCUCUCUCUAAUCUCUCUCACCAUCGCCAUCACCAUCCUCUGUCUCUUUAGGAAACUGCACUGCACCAGAAACUACAUCCACAUCCAACUCUUUGUCUCCUUCAUCCUGCGUGCUUCCUUCAUCUUCAUCAAAGACUCUGUGCUCUUCACCGAUGAAGACUUCUACCAUUGUGACGACUACCCAGUGGUGUGUAAGUUAGUGGUGAUGUUCUCCAACUACUGCAUCAUGGCUAACUACAGCUGGCUGCUGGUGGAGGGACACUACCUCCACACCCUGGUCAGCGUCUCCUUCUUCUCCAAGAAG